AUGGCUGACCAUCUGGAGCUGUUUCUUUUCGGAGACCAGACAUACAAUCCACAGCCCUGUCUGAGGGAGAUGAUGCGCAACCGGCACAAUCCAGCCCUGGAAAGCUUCCUCAGCAAAUCAUAUGAUGCAAUUCGCGCAGAGAUAUACAGCUUGCCGCAUGAGGUCAGGACUGAUAUGCCUCGACUCACCUGUCUUGAUGACCUGAUCUUAUGGAAGCAAGAUGGCCAACAAUGCAUACCCCUAGAUAUGGCUCUGACCUGCAUGUAUCAGCUUGGGGCGUUUAUUAGUAAAACCGAGGCUGGGUGCUAUCCCACACAGGAUUCUGCUGUCCUUGGCAUCUGUAUUGGAGCUUUGGCUGCGGCGGCAGUUAGCUGCAGCCGUAGCACACUUGAGCUUAUCCCAACAGCCGUGGAUGCAGUCGUUAUAGCUUUUAGGAUUGGCAAGCUCGUGGCUGACAUUACGCGGACACUUGAGCCUCUGCAUGCCCCGGUUCAGAGCUGGUCAACAUUUAUUCGCGGCCUGACAUCUGCGGAAGCCGUGCGCAAAUUUCGUGAACAGACUGUCCUUCCCCUAACCAGACAGCCCUAUAUCAGCGCCUUUACACCCAGCGGGAUAACGGUCAGCGGCCCGCCUUCAUCGCUUUCUCAGAUGACUAGCUCCAGCACCUUCAAGGAUUUCAGGCUUGAAAGUAUUAAUAUAUACGGACCCUAUCAUGCCACGCACCUUUACUCCCAAAAUGAUGUCGAGGCAAUCGUUGGAAGCCUGGCGCCACGCGGCAGCGAUGCACGUAGGCAAAUGCUCCUACUUUCAAGUACUGAAACUCCGGUGAGAGCUGGAGGGCUUGACGCAGUUUGGAGGGCUGCGAUCGAGCAGAUACUGCUACAGCCCAUUUGCUGGAGUAGUAUCUUUGACCAGCUGCAGGCGACCCACCAGAAAGUAUCCCCAAAGACAAUUAGGAUAACCCCUAUCGGGACAAAGGCCGAUCAACUGAUCUACACGGCGCUCAGACAGACGCCGCUCUGCAAGGCGUUGAGCAUGCCAGAAAGGAGUCCGAAAGCUGAACCACAAACUCCGUACUCAAACCCUGGUAAAUCGAAGCUGGCAAUUGUGGGAAUGUCGGGGAGGUUCCCUGGUGCCAACGACAUCGAGGCGUUUUGGGAUCUUCUGUAUCAAGGACUCGAUGUCCACAAACCAGUCCCAGCGCUUCAUUGGGACGUCAAAACUCAUGUCGACCCCACUGGAGCGCAGAAAAACACCAGCUCGACCCCCUUUGGUUGCUGGCUCGAUGACCCAGCUUCUUUUGACUCUCGCUUCUUCAACAUCUCACCCCGAGAGGCACCGCAAAUCGACCCGGCGCAGCGACUGGCGCUCAUGACAGCAUAUGAAGCAAUUGAGCAGGCUGGCAUUGUACCGGACGCCACUCCGUCCACUAGACGGGACCGGGUUGGCGUCUUCUACGGGGUGACUAGCAACGACUGGAUGGAGACCAAUAGCGCCCAGGAUAUCGACACGUAUUUCAUCCCGGGUGGAAAUCGGGCGUUCAUCCCGGGACGUAUUAAUUACUAUUUCAAGUUCAGUGGUCCCAGUUUCGCAGUUGAUACAGCAUGUUCCUCUAGCCUGGCAGGCAUUCAUCUGGCCUGCAAUGCACUGUGGCAAGGAGACAUCGAUACCGCGAUCGCCGGUGGGACCAACAUCUUGACCAACCCGGAUUUCACGGCAGGGCUUGACCGGGGACAUUUCCUCUCCAGAACAGGGAACUGUAAAACCUUUGAUGACUCGGCAGAUGGGUACUGUCGGGGAGAAGGCGUCGGAACGGUGAUCCUUAAGCGUCUCGAUGACGCCGUUGCGGACCACGACCCCAUUCUGGGGGUCAUCCUGGGUGCGUACACGAACCACUCGGCAGAGUCAGAGUCAAUUACCCGGCCGCAUGCUGGGGCGCAAUGUGCGGUUUUCAGGAGGAUUCUCAAUCAAAGCAUGGUUGAUCCUUACGCCGUGAGUUACGUGGAAAUGCAUGGAACAGGGACCCAAACCGGCGACGCUGGAGAAAUGUCGAGCGUGCUGGACACGUUUGCCCCCCCCGUCGAUCAGCUCAAGAAGUGCCGUAGCAAAGAUGAGGCACUCUUUCUUGGGUCGGCCAAGGCAAACAUUGGACAUGGCGAGGCUGUAUCUGGUGUUUCGAGCCUGAUCAAGGUUCUGUUAAUGAUGCAGAAGAAUACGAUCGUCCCGCACUGUGGGAUCAAGACCAGAAUCAACCACAAGUUUCCGACCGAUCUGCAGCAACGCAAUGUCCAUAUCGCCUUGGAACCAACACCGUGGAUGAGGAACAAGCCUCGGCUGGCUUUCGUCAACAACUUUAGCGCCGCGGGUGGAAAUACGGCCCUCCUGUUGGAAGAGGCGCCGAACAAGCAGGAAUCUUGCAGUCAAACUGCAGACUCACGGAGCCAUUACUUGAUUGCCAUGUCGGCCAAGAAUAGUGUCUCGCUGCAGGGGAACCUCCGUUCCAUCCACAGGUUCUUGCAGGAGAAUCCCGGCGUCUCUCUCAGCAAGCUCUCGUACACCACGACGGCACGGCGUAUCCAUCAUCAGCACCGCGUCAUGUUGAUUGGGUCCCAUGUCGACGAGUUAGGUGCACAGAUCGAGGCGGCGCUUCGCGAUCAGACAGGGACGACGAGACCAAAGAGCGGACCGAAAAUUAUCUUCGCCUUUACCGGGCAGGGAGCACAGUACCCUGGCAUGGGGAAAGAGCUGUUUCAAAAUUUUUCUCGGUUCCGGAACCGGAUUCGUCGCCUGGACCAGAUUGGACAGUCUCUGGGCUUUCCGUCCAUGUUGCAGGUGAUCCUCUCGGAUGCGGACGACAUUGGUAGAUUUGCGCCGACUGCUGUCCAACUGGCGAGCGUCUGCUUGCAGAUUGCGCUGAGCGAAUUAUGGGCCUCCUGGAAUAUUACGCCCGUUGCCGUCGUGGGACACAGCCUGGGCGAAUAUGCGGCUCUCAACGUUGCCGGUGUCUUGUCGGAUGCGGACACGGUUUAUCUGGUGGGGAAGCGGGCAGAGCUACUCCAGUCGGAGUGCACUCGAGACACGCAUGCCAUGCUGGUGGUCAAGGGCUCGAAGGACGAGGUCACCGCUGUUUUGAAGAAUCUAACAUACGAAAUAGCUUGCAUGAAUUCCCCCGUUGAAACCGUCCUGGCUGGACGAAAAGAGGACAUCUCCCAGGUCAGAACCUUGUUCGCAAAUGCAGGUCUCAAAUCGACUCUGUUAAGCGUGCCAUACGCCUUCCAUUCGUCCCAGAUCGAACCCGUGUUGGCGGAUUUCCAAAGACUGGCCAGCGGUGUGACAUACUCCACACCCAAGCUUCCCGUCCUCUGCCCUCUGGAUGGCAGUGUCGUUCAUGGUCAAGGCCGCUUUGGCCCCGAUUACCUCGCCCGCCAUACUCGCGAACCAGUCAAUAUGCAUCAGGCGCUUCUGGCCGCACAAAGUCAACGUAUCAUCACGGACCAGACCGCGACGCUGGAAAUCGGCCCACACCCGGCUGUCUCAGGGAUGGUGAAAGCGGUCCUCGGGCCGCAGGUGCCAUGUCUCGCCUCAUUACAGCGGGCUAGGCCAGUUUGGCAAGUUCUGGGGGCCACCCUGAAAACUCUCUAUACUGCCGGCGCCGAUAUCCACUGGGCACAAUAUCAUGAAGACUUUCAUGCUGCUCACGAAGUGAUCCCACUGCCGGCAUAUUGCUGGGAUUUGAAGCCAUACUGGAUACAGUACACCAAUGACUGGUCAUUGCGGAAGGGAGAUCCUCCCUUGACACGGACUAGUUCCGCGCCGAGACUGGAGAGCACCACGAUCCACAAGGUUCUGGAAGAGACUAGUGAUGCUCAAAAAGGUCGUAUUGUCGUCGAGGCCAAUAUCGCCCGGCUAGAUCUGAGCCCGCUGGUGCAAGGCCAUGAGGUAGAUGGGGUUCCGCUCUGCACUCCGUCCGUCUACGCGGAUAUCGCACUAAGCCUUGGAACUUAUCUCCGGGAGCAUUAUCGGCCGGGUUUAGGGUUAGUGGAUGUUUCAGAAAUGACCAUUUCGAAGCCCCUAAUCCUGAAGUCUGGGGCAACCAAGCAAUUGCUUCAGGCCCAUGCUGAUGUGGACUGGUCUUCCAAUGCAGCAACAAUGGAGUUUAUGUCUUUUGACGCAAAUCAGAAAUUACAGGGGCACGCUCGAUGCGUUGUACGCUUCAAGGACAGAGACCUCCUGCAACGCCUCCAGAGGGAUGCCACAGAUGUGAAGCAGAAGAUACAAGCCCUUCGACAAGGUAUCGUAUCCGGAGCCACAGCGCGGUUCAACCGGCCCAUGGUGUACAGGGCAAUUCGACCGCUGGCUCGGUUCCACGACGACUACCGGGCCAUCGAUGAGAUUGUCCUGAACAGCCACACGCUGGAGGCCUCAAGUCUUCUCAGUUUUGACACGGUGAAAAGGGGCGGGAACUUCCACACCCAUCCGGCUAUUAUUGAUGCACUGACGCAGUCUUGUGGAUUCGCUAUGAACUGCAAUGACAACACUGACCUCGACGUCGAAGUGUUCAUGAAUCAUGGAUGGAGUUCCUUUCAACUUUUCGAACCUGUAGACUUUGAGAAGAAGUACACUACUUACACGCGCAUGGUGGAGGGGCAAGACAAGCUGUGGCAUGGCGACGUGGUCAUUUUUGAUGGCGAUAGGCCCAUCGGAUACUUUGGACAGCUUGCCAUACAAGGCGUGCCGCGCAGAAUACUCAAGGUCAUUCUGUCUCUCGAGAGCGGGAACCGAGCAGAGAAGAGCCAACGUGCGGGCAAGAAACCAGGUGCUCCAUCGUUGAGCUUAGGGAACGACUCAGCUCAAGGCAGCCAAGCUGGAUCCAAGAUUGGACAAGCAAUGUCGAUCAUCGCCGAGGAAAGCGGGCUCGCAGUAUCGGAUCUGAAUGACGGCACCGUCUUCGCAGAUGUCGGGAUCGACUCUCUGCUGAGUCUGACCAUCACGGCUCGCUUCAAGGAAGAGCUCGACGUGGACAUGGAAUUCAGCACGUUCUUCUUCGACUAUCCCACCGUUUCCGACCUGAAGGGCUUCUUCGGUGAGCUGCAGCCCAACUCGAGUGUCUCGUCCCUCCCAAGUUCCGUUGAGACACUGCCCACGCUGAGAUCGAGCGCGACCACCGUGAGCACACCAACUACCGACGAUGACUUUCUGCCCAAGGAGAUGAAUUUUCUUCGGGCUCUCCAGAUCAUCUCCGAGGAGAGUGGUGUCGCAGUGGAGGGCCUGACGGACGAUACCAAUCUCGCGGCCUCGGGGGUGGACUCUCUCCUGUCGCUUGUCAUCAUCAGUCGGUUCCGCGAUGAGCUCGACCUCGACAUUCAGCAUGAGUCGCUUUUCAUCGAGUGUCCUACGAUAGGUGACCUUAGGCAGCUGUUGGUAAGGGAAACCACCGAUGACGGAAGCCCGCCACCGGAGAGCGCUCCUCUCCCUUCUCCUGAGCCUACAGAGUGCUCGCCAUCGCAAACCGGACGUGAUCUUGCUACCACUACGGAACGCCUGAGGGCCGUCGAUUCUUUUGUGCAGAAGUACACUGCCGGAUUCACUAUGCCCGCGCCAGCAGUAGGAUUGACUCCGUCGAGCGACGGCACGAAGACUAUUCUGGUGACCGGUGCGUCCGGGAGCCUGGGAAGCCACUUGGUCUACCAUCUCGCACAACUACCCGAUGUGAGGACGGUUGUUUGCCUGAACCGAAAGACGAGCGAAGAACCCUACACGCGCCAGUAUCACGCCAUGCGGGAAAAAGGCAUCCGGUUCCCUGAUGCUCUCAAAAGCAAACUCCUGGUGUUGCAAACAGACAGCGCUCAGCCAUAUCUGGGGCUCUCCCGCAGUGAAUACGAGGGCCUUGUAAGCUCAGUGACACACCUCAUCCACAAUGCAUGGCCCAUGAGCGCCAAGCGCCCUCUGGUGGGAUUUGAGCCGCAGUUCCAAGUCAUGCGCAACCUCAUUGACUUUGCCUGCGCGGUUAUCGCUCGGCGUCCGCACGGUUUCAAGUUCAGCUUCCAAAUGGUGUCUUCUAUUGGCGUUGUUGGCAACUACGGCCUGGCCCAGACGAACAAGACCACCGUCCCAGAGGAGCGCGUGGGCAUCGACGCCGUGCUGCCGAACGGCUACGGCGAAGCCAAAUGGGGGUGUGAGAGAAUGCUCGACGAGACGCUACAUCGGUAUCCGGACCUCUUCCGCGUGAUGGCCGUCCGGCUGGGACAGAUCGCUGGGUCCAAGACGAGCGGGUACUGGAACCCAAUGGAGCACUUUGGGUUCUUGAUCAAGUCAUCGCAGACCUUGAAUGCGUUGCCGGAUGUGCCGGGCACCGUCUACUGGACUCCUGUCAAUGAUGUUGCCGGGACAUUGACGGAUCUCGUCCUGUCGGACCGCUCCCCGUACCCUGUCUACCAUAUCGAGAACCCCGUCGGCCAGCCCUGGCGCGAAACGAACGCCAUUCUUGCCGAUGCGCUGAAUAUUCAGACAUUAAUUCCGUUUGAGGAGUGGGUGCAACGAGUGCGAGAGGCGCCGAUGCGGAAUAAUCCCGCUGCUACACUUCUAGAAUUCCUUGAUAGCAAUUACCUAAGGAUGUCUUGUGGAGGGCUCGUUCUCGAUACGAGGAAGACCCUUGAACAUUCGAAAACUCUUGCUGCCGUUGGGAAAGUGAGCGAGGAGGUGGUGAGAAAAUACAUACACAUCUGGAAGGAAAUCGGAUUCCUUAACUAA